GGUGAUUAGAAAACAAAAAAGGCGACACCGGCAAUUUCCGAUUAUUUUGGCCACGUCGACUUACAUACUAGACACCACAGAGACUUGUAUUGCAAACAUAAUUUACUUAGACUUAAGUCUGUUAGAUCUAGGCCUAGAUCUAUAUUCAAACCCUGUUUUGUAACUCUGAAGCAUGGCAUUCAUUAAUAUUUAUAAUGUUUGCAUUCUUUCAUUAACGCUGUUAAUCACUGUUAGUGUUAGUUUAGCAGAUGAUAAACCAGCCGAUGACAUUUCUGUAGAGAUUCUCAAACCUGCACCCGAAGAUUGCCAGCGAAAAAGUAAACGCUUGGACAUGGUCUCAAUGCAUUACGUUGGAACACUAACAGAUACCGGCAAACAGUUCGACUCAAGUUUAGACAGAAACCAGCCAUUUGAGUUCCAGCUUGGAACUGGGCAAGUAAUCAAAGGAUGGGAUGAAGGACUUCUGGAUAUGUGUGUUGGAGAGAAGAGAAAGUUAAUCAUCCCUGCAAGCAAAGGAUAUGGAGACCAGGGUGCAGGUGAAUUGAUCCCUCCAAAAGCCAGUCUUACUUUUGAAGUUGAGCUUAUUAGUCUUAAAGAUGGACAAGCACCACCAAAUGUUUUUAAGGAAAUUGACGUAGAUGGGGAUAAAUUCCUUUCCCAAGAAGAGGUGUCUGAUUACUUAAAGAAGCAAGCUUCUAAAGCUGGAGAUAAAGUUCAAGAAAACGCAGAACAGCAUAAAGAGAUAAUUACACAGAUUUUUAACCACGAGGACAAAGACAAAGAUGGACUUAUUUCUCAUGAGGAAUUCAGUGGACCUAAACAUGACGAACUUUAAUUCUUGUUAAAAUCUAUGAACAUUUCUGUUUUCAAUUGUUACCUGGUAAUCUCUAGUAAAGUAGUUACACAAAUCUGUGAAAUUUUUAGAACUGUAAACAUUGGUGUUGAUUCCCAAUAACCUGUCAGCUGAUAUUAUUUGAGUUUAUUUUGCUCAAAUUAGCAGUCUAGUAUUUUCUUUUUUUUUAGUUAUCAGAUGUGUGCUGUGAUGAAAUUUCUUUUUAUUGUAUUAGCUUUGUUUUUUUUUUUUAAUUAUUUAUAAUGUUCCAUUUAUUUUUCAUGUUUCAGUUCCCUGUGGUUGCUAUAUCAUAAUUGUUAUUAAAUGAACAUUUUCAUCAACCAUGUUGUUCAAUCACAUUGUUCACCAUGUGAAAGUUGCUGUAACAUUUUCUAGUUUGUUGUCAUAUAAAAUAACGAGCUCUGUUUCAUUAUUAGAAAAUCUAUGUGGCAUAGUUUUUUUUGUAUCCCUUGCUGAGGUCUGUGCUAGUUAACCAGUGCACAAAAUCUUAAUCAAAAUAAUAAUUCGGAUGAUAUUAUCAAUACCCUUUCUCCCCCCCCCCCCCCCCAAACACACUCACAUAUAAGCGGUUUAUUCAAUUGUUUUCUCAUUUGCUAUGCAAGUGAUCCUAUAGCAUAUGGCGUGUAGCUCCAUCCAUUUGGUCAAGUUGUGUAAAUGAGAUGAAAACAAAACAUGUUGGCUGAAAGAUAAUUGAAGUACUUAGUUUUCAAACAUGAUGAUGUGUGCCUUCUUGUGUUUCUAGUUUUGCCUUGGCUCAAUAAAAGCAUAAAAAUUUGUGUUAUUCACAUUGACGUUUACCAUAUUUAUUGCUAUUGACUACUAAAGACUUGUGUUAUUACCUCAUUGUUCUAAAGAAAAUCACCAAUAGUAUUGAAAUUAGCUUGUCAUAUAAUUCCAGCAUUUUUGUUGAGAAAUUUACAUAAUGGCUUCCAGGGGUGUGUUAUUUUGAUUCAAGGAAUUUUUUUUUCCUUUUAAUUGCAUUAUGGAAUUAAGAUUGUAAGCAAUGCAUACCUUUUUUUUAUUUUUUAAUGUAACAGUAUCUGUUGAACUUUUAGCAAGCCUUCCUAAUGUAGAAACUAUUAGAAAUAGGUCAGAUACAUUUUAUAAGUUAUGAGUCUAUUUAAAUAGGUGAAAAAUUGAUUUACAAAAUAUGUCUUGAGAUGGAUUAAUUAAUUUUUUUGUAAUGCUAGUUAAUUUUUAUUUCAAACAUUUGUUUUGUUUUGUAGAUUUGUUAUGAUUGGCCAUUAAAUUAGCUACAUAGUAUGUGAUCAGUGAAAUGGUAAGCAUACACAAGACUGCCAGUUCUUCUGUUUUUUUUUAUUUGAAGCACAGUAUAAAUCUACAGAGGGUAUACACUUAAUGAAAUAGAAACCUGGCCAGUAUUUAAUUAUUUGUCAUAGUUUGAACAAAGACACAAACUAUUAAAUCCAAAAUUAAAGUCUAUCUUUGGAAUGUUGUCUUAUUAAUUAGUCAUAUUUAUUUUUUUAUAUGCACGCGGGACACAGCUUGAAAAGAUAGUACAUAUUGACAAUCACAACCUGGUAGUAGCUAAAGACCUGAACAUGUUUAUGAAGUAUUAGCUGUAUGUGUUUGUAUUAUCUUUGAAUGUAAAAGGUUAUGGGGUUUAUGUGUGGUCAUUUCAUUGAUCUUAUAAACCAACUUUGUUGGUACUUUAUACAAUGCAUUCCUCCAGAAAAUCUUUUUUUUUUAAAGGAUGCUUAAAACUGAGAUAAAUCUAUUGAAACUA